UCAAAGUGAAUGCCUCUGCCCACCUUUGCUCAGUCACUCACCUUUUCACUCCUUCGCUCUGCGUCUGUUUCUCUCAACACAAACAUUCAGUUCAACCUUUCGCUUUUUCUUCUUCAGACUUCUCGUCUGUUGGUUUUUCUGCUUGUUCCUGUUCUGCUAAAAGACUGAAAGACGCCAAGAAAUUGACAUUGGCUGGUCAGCAUGCGUUGUGUGAGCUGGUUGUUGCUGGGGACCUGCCUCCUGGUCCUGGGCCCUGCGGUGCAGGGAGCCCCGAGCCAGUGCCCCUCGCUGUGCCACUGCCACGGUGACCUCCAGCACGUCAUCUGUGACAGCGUCGGGCUGAAGAAGAUCCCCCGGGUGUCGGAGGUCACCCGUUUGCUGAACCUGCAGAGGAACAACCUGGGCAGCAUACCCACGGGGGCCUUCAGCGAGAGCAAGGGACUCAUCUCUCUGCACAUGCAGCACUGUCAGCUCCGAGAGAUCGGAUCCCAGGCCUUCAAGGGGCUGAAGAAGCUCAUCUACCUCUACCUGUCCAACAACGAGAUCAACAGCAUCAAGCCCGGCGCCUUCGAGGACCUCACCGAGCUCACCUACCUCUACUUAGACGGGAACCAGAUCAGCGACCUGGCCAAGGGCAUCUUCUCCCCCAUGAUCAACCUCUUCAUCCUGCAGCUCAAUGACAACAAGCUCCGGGAGCUGCGGCCAGGGACCUUCGCGGGCGCUAAAGACUUGCGCUGGCUGCACAUGAGCGGGAACGAGCUGACGACCAUGCAGCCGGGCUCUCUGGACGAUGUGGAGAACCUCGCUAUACUUCACCUGGACAGUAACAAGAUGUCCACCUACCCCAGCGUGGCAAUGAGCAAACUGCGAGUGGUGGAGGAACUCACGCUGGGGAAGAACCCCAUGAGGACCAUCCCAGACAACGCCUUCCAGAGCUUUGGCCGCUACAUGGAGAAACUAAACCUGGACAGCAUGGGUCUGGAGAAGUUCUCUGAUGGUGCGUUUACUGGUGUGACGGCAGUCAAGUCACUGCACCUGGACAACAACAAGCUAAAGUCCCUUCCCAAAAGCCUCGAGUUCGGCACCAUCACCAACCUCACCCUCUCCAACAACCCAUGGAGCUGCACGUGCCAGCUAGCUCCACUGCGCAGGUGGAUGGACUCUAGCCGCAACCGUCCGGACGCAGUGUGCGCAUCUCCACCUCUGCAGAAAGGCAAACAAGUCAGAGACAGCACCGCCUUCAGUGGCUGCAGAGUCAAGGCGAAAAGACCUAGAAAGGGCACACGCAUUUGAACACGCAGCUGUACAGGAGACGCUGAGGAGGAGCCUGUCCAGGUGACCGGCUACUAAUGCAACAAAAGCAAUGCUAACUCGUUCUACUUCAAGACUGUCCAUCUAUUUCUCUGCCACAUGUUGUCACCAGUGUAAACAAACACAUGCAUAGAUACACACGUCGCUCUCUCACACACACAAACACACGGGGAGCUUUAUGGACCUUUCAUUUUCAUCCAUUUAUAUCCAAAGAUGAAGACUUAAGUAUGAAGUGGAAACCACCAAAACAAAGGAUGCAUUUGAAUAAGUGAAGCAUUAAAGCUGCAGUAGGUAACUUUUAUAUUUUAUUUUUUUGUCAUAUUUACUGAAACUUUCACUACAUCCUGACAGUAGUACAUGAGACAGGUAAUCUGUGAUCUGGUUCCUCUGGUGCCUCCUAGUGCUCCUAAUGGGAUUUACAAGAAUCCACAGGGCCCGAAUGAAAACAACCAAUCAGAGCCGAGAAAGCUAGUUAAUUGUUGAGUCUCAUUCCUUGUUUACACGACAGCAUUUUUUGCAUAAAACAGUAAACUUUUGUUGUGUUUUGGCCAUUUUGGUGACCUGAAAACGCCUUAUGGCCGCCAUUACUUAUUGCCAAAUACGGUGACAACACGGCUCCACUCCACACACGACUAUUACGUUUUCAACCUAAUAGAUACAUUUUGAUGCUUUGUAGUCAUUUGCAAUCUUCUCUUCCUGUUUAUACUCUGGCGCUGUAGAGGAAAGCGUUGUGUUGUAAAGUUAGACUGCCACCUACUGGCGUGGUAUCCAUACUACAACAUUUUCACUCAUUUUUGUGGAUGAGGAUCAUUUCCAGAAUGUGUUCAUAUAAUCACAGAAUAUUUUUAAAAACGCAAAAGGAAAAACGUUUCUAUUUUUAGCAAAACUGUUCAACAAUCAACUAUCUUUCUCGGCUCUGAUUGGUUGUUUUUGUUCGGACUCUGUGGAUUCUUACUGAUUUUUUUUUAACUGUUUAUCUGUCUCAUGUUCUGCUGUCAGGAUA